AUGACCCUGACAAAGGCUAAUGAUGCUAUGACUCCCAUCUCUAAAAUAUUCUCACUUGAUAGCCCAGAGAACAUUGUUGGACUUAUUCUGGUGAAGAAUUUGAUCAAGUGCAGCCCUGAAAACGAAACUCCUAUAAGGGACCUGACAAUCAGAAAAAUCCCUAGGGUAAAUGAUCAGCUUCCUCCAUAUGACUUACUGAACCUAUUCCAGAAGGGUCAUAGCGAUAUGGCUGCAGUCGUCAAGUACAAGGAUAAUGCUAAUAAGAUGAAUGCAGAAAACACAAGAACAGAAUGA